AAACAAACUUAAUUUAUUGCCGUUUCUUUUCACUCAUUAAAUCCUCGAGGCAUAAUCUGUAUUGAAUCUGUCAAGAAAAACAAAAUUACGUAUUCGGUUUGGAGGCAGAGAAGUCGGGCAGACAGGCAGUCAGCAUCCAGUGAGUCUUCUGCGCAGGAACGUUUGUAGCUGUAGUCUCUAAAUUCUAGUCCAACAUUCUGUGGAAAAACAUCAGAGUUAAUCGACGGAAUGUCGUCCAGUCUUUCUUUGCAUCGACUGAAGCCACAAUAUGUAUGCCAUGUUCAUUUUGUGUUGACCGAAGGUCUAUUGAUAUAUUGAAUUAACAAUGUAACGCUGGUCCUUUUAGUGGCUCAAAAAUGCACGGAAAACUGAUGUUUAUGGUAUUCUUAGUCUGGCUAUUUGGGAGAAAUGUGACUCCUGUUAUGCUUCCGGAAGCACAAAGACUGUACAAACAACUGUUUCGGAACUACACUGUAGCACUUCGGCCAGUUUUGAACCAGAGCAAAGCCGGUGGAGGUUCGUGUGUCCAUGGGGAUAAUGUCCAUUAACGACUUGGAUGAACUAUCGGGUACAAUAACUCUGACUGUCAUUUUUAAUUCCGUUUGGAAAGAGGAAAGAUUUACAUGGAACCCUGAACAUUGUGGUGGUCUGAAAUCACUUACACUUCCUCAGGAAUCCGUGUGGCUACCGGAAAUGGUUCUCACCACGGCAGCGGACGACACCGUACAUAUAUCAACAAAGGGUAACUUCAAGGUGCGCGUGGACUUCACGGGUCUGAUGAAUUGGUGGAGGAUUGGGAUCAUUAAGUCGGCAUGUGUAGCGGAUGUGACGUAUUUUCCGUACGAUGUUCAAAAAUGUCAUGUGGUCCUCUCUCCUUUUGGAUACCAGACAGAGGAAAUCAGCCUAGUUCCAAUGCGGGACACCAUUUCGUUUGACCAUUUCUCUAACAACGGUCAGUGGAAAGUGAAAUCUUCGUCGGUGGAGGUAAAUUCCCUCCCGAUAACAAAAGACAAUCUGGAGGAUAGUGUGGGAUUUGCCAAUUUUACUAUAGAGAUUGAGAGAAAGCCAUUAUACUUCGUUGUGUCAGUGAUUAUCCCUAUAAUGCUUCUGACCCUGCUCAACCCAUGCGUGUUCGCUCUCCCUAUAGAGUCCGGUGAACGUGUGUCCUUCGCUAUAACUGUACUAUUAUCAUUCGCGGUAUUUGAGUCCAUGGUGAGCGACUACAUGCCCCAGGGAUCUGAUCCUAUGUCAUUGCUCUCUCUAUUCCUGGUGAUAACGUUGAUGGACAGCACUCUUAUCACCAUAACAACCAUCAUGCUUCACGCCACAUAUCACAAGGAUGAGGCCGACGCUAUACCGGAAGUGCUAGUUCAUAUGCAUCUCUUUAUUCGGCAACGUACACUGUCGCGGAAAAUAUCUCCAAUCUGCCCUAGGCCUGAAGAGACGAUAUCCGAAUUACCGGAGAUGGAUAGGUCGACUCCAUGUGGAGGUAUCACAGCCGCCAAUCUACCCACUACAAUGACCUGUGUCCGUGUCCGGUAUGAGUUGGCGUCCCGUAAAAAGGUGAGGAGCCGGGUUCAAGCCCAUCAUGUACCUAAUCUGAUGUUUUAAAUGCCUCGUCACAUCAUGAUAUCGAGAUAUUUUUCAUUUGAAGCAUCACAUUAGCUGCAAACCUGUUUGAAUACGGAUUCCCGCAUAUCCGGGUGUUGCUUUCGGGAAAGAUAAUUCGUACCAGAUACUGAUACUCAUUUUUUUCUUGUCAUAACACUAAGCCUAUGAGUAGGUUUAUUGCAUGGUAGCUGUCUUUAUAUCAGUACCAAACCUAAUUAUAAACGUUUACCAGCGACACUCGACGACUUCACGCUUUGUGACGAGUUACUGAAAUACUGUUGUGACGUAUAUCAAUUCAUCGUUGAUAUAGCUACUCUUGUAAAAUAAAAAUAACAUUUUUUGCUAA